UCGAAGGGCACCCAGAAAGGCACUUCAUCACAUUUUGACCACUGUAAAGGCACCCUACAGGGCACUUUGUUAUGUUGUGUCUAUUAUAGAGGCAUCCAAGAGGGCUUGGAUGCAAUCGACUGGAUUUUUGUAGGUAGGUCAGGUAAUUAAAUGUGUAAUAUGCCAUGUAGGCCUAAUUCAUUAUCCUAACCAUGCUAUAAAAGUUUUAUCAUAGCACUUUUUUCUCACUUCUGAAGAUGCACAUGCGCAGUCAGCUGUCCCCCCUUCUCGCGCCAACUGAUCCCAAUCUUAAAACGUGCGAGCAGCCGCAGACAGAUGAUCCGUGUGUCUGAGAGGACGCAUCUGCGGGAACAGCGUGCCUGCGCUGGGAAAUGAUGCUCAUAUGUUUUUAAAAAUGAUGAAUCAGAAGUUGGUCAGCUGUUUUGUUUUUUUCUUUUUUGCCACAGACGCUUUUCUCAUCUUGACCAAUGGGAUUAUGAUGACAAGGUGAAAGUUGGAUUUUGUAAAUCAGUGCUUCUAACACGCGCUAAUCCCCAGGAAUUGAUUUAAACGGGAUCGUAGGAGGGAUGUGAGGGAUACACAGUUUGACAAGUUUGAAAUCAAAGCCCAGAAAAAAACGGACUUCAGCCGAGAGGAUGCGCGGAGUCUGGAUAUUUAUCCUAUUCAUUGAGGAGGGAUUAGCUCUGGCACAAAAGACUAAAGAUGGAGGUGCGGGAUCAAAAGGGAUUAAACCCACUCAACGGCCGCAGCAUUCUCGUCACUGUGGAAACUGGGUACGAACCCCAGAUGGUGGCAGCUUCAGCUCCCCUAACUACCCGCAUACAUACCCUCCUAACAAGGAGUGCUUGUACGUACUAGAAGCCCUGCCCCGCCAGAGGAUAGAGCUGCAGUUUGAUGAGAACUUCUACAUCGAGGCCUCAUUUGAGUGUCGUUUCGACCACAUCGAGGUACGGGAUGGCCCUUUCAGUUUCUCGCCAAUCAUAAAUCGCUUCUGUGGCUCAGCCAGUCCUGGACUUGUCCUCUCCAGUGGACGCUUCAUGUGGAUCCGCUUUUUCAGUGAUGAAGAGUUGGAAGGGAUUGGCUUCCAGGUCCAGUACAGCUUUACAGCAGACCCUGAAUUUCAUCUCCAUGUGGGAGGACUCUUAAACCCCAUCCCAGAUUGUCAGUUUGAGCUGUCUGGACCUGACGGACUGAUCCGUUCUAGCCAGGUGGAAGAGGAGUAUAAAGUGAAGCCAGACCAGGCAGUGGACUGUAUCUGGACGAUACGAGCUCCAACAAACAACAGGAUUUACCUGCGAUUUUUGGAAUACCAGAUGGAAAACUCAAAUGAAUGUAAGAAGAACUUUGUGGCUGUUUAUGAUGGUAGUAAUGCCAUUGAGGACCUGAAGGCCAAGUUUUGUAGUACAGUAGCUAAUGACAUCAUGCUGGACACUGGAGUGGGAGUCGUGAGGAUGUGGGCUGAUGAGACAAGCCGUCUCAGCCGUUUCCGGAUGCUGUUCACUUCUUUUGCAGACCCACCCUGUGCGGGUAGUACAUUCUUUUGCCAUAGCAACAUGUGCAUCAACACUUCUCUGGUGUGCAAUGGCAUACAAAACUGUGUCUUUCCAUGGGAUGAAAGCAACUGCAAAGAGAAAAAAAGCAAAGGUGUUUUUCACCAGAUCACAAAGACUCAUGGGACAGUAAUCUGUGUGUCUACGGGAGUGGUGCUACUCCUCCUCAUCAUCUCCAUCCUGGUGCAAAUCAAACAGCCACGAAAAAAGGUGUUGGUACGUAAGAAUAACCUGUUCCAGCGGGGCGACUUCCAGGAGGUGUUUGACCCUCCUCAUUAUGAACUUUUUACUCUGAGAGACAAGGAGAUGUCUGGGGACCUUGGGGAGUUAUCCGAGGAACUCCAGUCCCUGCAGGCACUCAGAAGAUCCUCAUCAGCCUCACGCUGCGUUCAUGAACACCACUGUGGCUCCCAGGCUUCUGUCAACUCCAUCAAAGCCAGUCAAGGUGCACAUGGCACAGGCAGGGGAUCUAUGGAGCUUCCCCCUUUCAGAGGCGACCUUCAGAGCACCUUACCUCCCCUCAGGGACUUGAACAGUAGUCUGCGGAAGAAGAGCUGGCCUAGUAUGAAACCAGGACGAGCACAGUGCCAUAACAGUAUGGGGGAGAGAGCAGUGGGGCGGCAGGACAGAGUGAUGGAAGAGGAUGAAGAGGAGGAGGAACACGGAAGGUAUGAUGUGUACGUACGCAGAGCAGGAAGCCGAAGUGGGAAUUUUGAAAUGGCCCAGAAAAGAUCCUUGUCCAUGGACUUCUGAAAAGAAAAGAUUGACAGCAAGAACUUUUCAAUCAGUGCCACAAUUUUGGGGCAGAACUCACAGUUUAACACCACAGAGUGGAUGUAUCUCAGUGAGGUUAGAAAACACAAGGCACAGUGCUCCAGGAGUUUUUAGAAAUUCUGGAAACUGUGCCCGGACGCUGAAACAGCUGAUAAGGAGCUGUUAUCGUAUUUGUGAUCAGUGUAAAAGUGAAACAGGUGAUUGUAUUGUUCUCUGUAUCAGUGUAUUUUGUUAAAUACAAGUAGAUUGUUGAAACAUGUUUUCAAUGAGUGUUUAGAUUUUUCAAGAACGUUGUAAGAGGAAGCCUCUCUCUCAGUUUUGGUUUAAUCUGUUAUUACCUGUAUUAAAGAAUAAAUAGCUACAUUUCUGCACUACUGGUUUAAGAAAGGUUUCACCUUACCUUUGUUACAGACUUUUCACCAGAUAUAAAAUAAUCAUCAGCACUUAAGCUGUGCUCUUUCCCAGGUAGGUGUGCAUUUACAGGAAUCUUCAAUGGUGUGUCACAAAGGUAUGCUAGUUGGAAUUUACCAUAUAAAGUGAAUUGUCAAAUUACUUUAUUGUAUAAUUCAAUUAUGUUACCACCAAACUGUUUACCACUGCCAUACCCCUCAUUAUAAAACACUAGAAAACUUUGUUUUAUUUUCCUUUUUGCCUUUAGGCAAUGAAUAAAACUCACGAGUGAACGGGUGUUAACUUGUCUAA